AAUCUGGCAACGGAAUUGGAGGAGAGCGCUCGACGCCCUCGGCUAGGCUAUCCAUGCACUCAUUCGCGGGUGACGGACAUAAACAGUCUAAAAUCGAGAAUGAAGAAGCGUCCCCUUACCUCUUCCUGGGCUAAUUGGGCAGGCAUCGGAAGAGGUCUCGUUCUGCUCGAAGCUAUUUCUCGGGAGAUCUGGCGGAUGCUCUCUGCGCUUUUAAUGGCCAGCGAGGCUCACUCUCUCCUCUCCCUCUCAGCUAACAAGCGUUCGGCUGCCGCUGCUCGGAUGAUCCGCGGUUGCCGCUGCCGGUGGGAGCGAAGCGCUGCCGCUGCAACUCGAGCGAUCCUUCGCUCGUGUGGGUCGGACUCAACACCCGUCGUCUGCCUUUUCGGGAGCCUUUCGCCAAGUUGACCAUUUGACACGAGCGGUUCUUAUCGGAUAAUCUGGUUCCACAGCCGGGAGCCAGUCAGCACGAGGGAACACAUUGUCACAGCAAAGGGAUGACAUCAGUGGGAGGUGGUCACUCUCCGUGCGAUUGCCAACAGUACAACUAUAUACUGAGCUCCAAAGGUCAGAAGAUACAAUGAGAAAAUCUAUGACAGAUGCUCCCGAUCCAGAGAGCCCAAGCGCUUAAAGCUUCGAACAGGCAGUCCUCCCCAGGAAGAUGGGUGUGGAUGGACUUGGUGGAGGAGGAGAGCCAGAAGGUAUUUUUCUAAUCGGAACAUUCAGGAAGAACCUUCCAGAAGACCUAUUGCUGUGGGUGCGUGAUGAUCCUUUCUACCUCUGGAGCAAAGCUUUCCCACAUGUCCUUUCAUGAGGGAGGAGACAAAAGACUGCAGCUAUAUGUGCCCUUAUAGAUAAACAUCCACAGUGCUAAGGCUUCACACAUACCCUGUUGGGGAAUUUCUUCAGUGCAGAUACCCACUUAGAGCGCUGAGCAUCUGUCUUCGUGCAACACUGCCAUUUCCACACAGCUAAUCCUAAACCUAAAUUUGUUGUUUGAUUCUGGACAGUUUAUGAUCCUGUAAUUGCCUUGUGUGAAUUUCAUAUGGUUGCUGGUGCUAGUACCAGCAUCUGCUCCGUUGGUAGCAAAUGCUGCCAAUUCAUAGGGCAAAAGUUGCCAUUUUGAAUCUAGGAGUUCUUAAAGGCCCUAGUUCAAAGAUUAGCCUCAGAAAACAAGUCUAAAAUUUGAUUUACAAACCUCAAAUGCUCUCUUAGUGCAGCUCUAUUUAAAAACCAGCCCUUAGGGUUUGGGGAUCUGCCAGGUGCCACUCACCAGUGCUAUCUGCAACUCAAGGUGUCCAAUGAACACCCUGCCUUUUCUUUCCCUCCCUUCUUCCCUGGAAGCUGGGCCACAAGAGCCAAUAUCUGAACAAUUUUCUCUCCUCACCCACCCAAGCCACGCUGGUUUUCAGGACCGUCAUCUGCAGAGAAGAAGAGAUCCUCCCCUGGGUGUAGCUACGCUCACCAAAGAAUAGAGCUUACGCUGCUCCAACAGUGGUCUGUGCCUCCCUUCUGUUCCUGUCACCCAAUGAACUGGUAUAAAAGAAAGAGGCCAUUGAGCAGCAGAGUGCAGAACAGACCAAUGUUCCUGCUAUUGCUGACCUGCCUGUUUUACACAUUUGUGCUCUUCUGUACAAAUUGGCCUCAGCAACUGAAUUCAAAAGACACUUCUGCUUAGUCUAUAUAGCCAUGAGCUCUUCCCACCUGAACAACCGAGCUGAAAGCCAUUUCCAAGCACAAGAAGAGCAUGAACUGGAAGCUCUGGGGAAGAAGGCUUGGGACAACCCCGUUUAUAAUGGAUCACCUUCCUCCUCGCUGAAAAUCCAGGCGAUCUACAAUCCCAAAUCCAUCCUGGAAAACCCCUAUGAGAAUAUUGAGAAACUGACUGACUCCCUGCCUUACCAGAAGGAGAGAGAAAAGGCUGAGAAUGAGGUGAUGGUGAUGAAGAAGAAGCCCUUCCCUGAAUGCUGCUUCUAUAUUUUCAAAGGCAUCCGAGGACUUUGGGGCACAACACUAACUGAAAACACAGCUGAGAACCGAGAGCUUUAUGUAAAGACCACUCUGCGUGAACUGUUGGUCUACAUUGUAUUCUUGGUGGAUAUCUGUUUAUUAACCUACGGGAUGACAAGUUCAAAUGCCUAUUACUACACCAAAGUGAUGUCUGAACUCUUCUUGGAAACUCCAUCAGACAACGGUCUCUCCUUCCAGACAAUUGGAAGCAUGGCUGACUUUUGGGGAUAUACACAAGGCCCUUUAUUGGACAGCUUGUAUUGGACCAAAUGGUACAACAAUGAGUCUCUAGGUCACACCACUCAGUCGUAUAUCUAUUAUGAGAACUUGCUGCUUGGUGUCCCACGAAUGCGCCAACUGAAGGUCCAGAACAACUCAUGUGUGGUGCAUGAUGACUUCAAGGAAGACAUUUUUGGUUGUUAUGAUGUUUACAGUGAGGACAAAGAGGACAGGUCCCCCUUCGGACUUUUCAAUGGAACAGCGUGGCAGUAUCACACAGAGGAAGAACUUCACGGUUCCUCUCACUGGGGCAGAUUAACGAGUUACAGUGGAGGAGGAUAUUACAUAGAUCUUCAAAUGACCCGGGAGGAAAGCACUAGAGCUCUUCAAGUCUUGAAAGAGAAUUUGUGGCUGAAUCGGGGAACUCGUGUGGUUUUUAUUGACUUUUCUGUGUAUAAUGCCAAUAUCAAUCUCUUCUGUGUGCUCAGGUUGGUGGUUGAAUUCCCAGCCACUGGUGGUGCCAUCCCCUCUUGGCAGAUCCGCACAGUAAAGCUCCUCCGGUAUGUCAGCACUUGGGAUUUCUUCAUCGUCUCUUGUGAAAUUGUCUUCUGCGUCUUCAUCUUCUACUACGUUGUGGAAGAGAUCUUGGAACUGCGCAUUCACAGGCUCCAUUACUUCACCAGCAUCUGGAACAUCUUGGAUAUAGUUGUCAUAUUGCUUUCUAUUGUAGCCAUUGGAUUCCACAUCUUUCGCACCAUUGAAGUCAACAGGCUGAUGGGGCAGCUGCUGAGAAGCCCCAGCAUCUAUGCAGACUUUGAGUUCCUGGCUUUUUGGCAGACCCAGUACAACAACAUGAAUGCUGUAAACUUAUUCUUUGCCUGGAUCAAGAUAUUCAAAUACAUUAGCUUUAAUAAAACAAUGACACAGCUCUCCUCCACAUUAGCCCGGUGUGCCAAGGACAUCCUGGGCUUUGCCAUCAUGUUCUUCAUUGUCUUCUUUGCCUAUGCACAACUGGGCUACCUUCUUUUUGGGACCCAAGUGGAAAACUUCAGCACCUUUGUGAAAUGCAUAUUCACCCAGUUUCGAAUAAUUCUUGGUGACUUUGACUACAAUGCCAUUGACAAUGCCAACAGGAUCUUGGGGCCUAUAUAUUUUGUCACCUAUGUCUUCUUUGUCUUCUUUGUGCUGUUGAACAUGUUCCUGGCUAUUAUCAAUGACACCUAUUCUGAAGUCAAAGAGGAACUUUCAAACCAGAAGAAUGAACUGCAGCUCUCGGACAUCCUGAAACAGGGCUAUAACAGAACACUAAUGAAGCUGAAGCUGAAAAAAGACCGGAUCUCUGAUGUGCAAAAAGCUUUGCAGAAAGGGACCAAGGAGCUAGAAUUUGAGGAUUUUAAGAACAGCUUGAGAGAACUUGGCCAUGCUGAGCAUGAGAUCACAGCAGCCUUUGCAAAGUUUGAUAAAGAUGGUAACCAGAUUCUUGAUGAGGAGGAACAGAAGAAAAUGCGGAAUGACUUGGAGGAAAAGAGAGUCGCUUUGAAUGCAGAAAUUGAGAACUUGGGAAAAUCCUUCAGGGACAACAAUUUAGAAGGCACAUUUGCUCUUGCAGAUGCAAAGAACAAUCAAGCAAACAAAUCUAGCUUGGUAUCUGAAGAAGAAUUCCAAAUACUCCUGCAACGGGUUUUGCAGUUGGAACAUUCCAUUGGCAGUGUCAUAUCCAAGAUGGAAGCUUUGGUGAUCAAGCUGGAGGGCCUGGAGAGAAGCAAAUUAAAGAACAGAAACCCAAUGAGCAAGCUUCUUGACAACAUGAGCAAAGAAGAACAGCUCAGCCAAGCAAGUCUGGUUCCUCAGAACAUUGAGUGGGUCACCAAGGAAGAAGGUGGAUCGGAGGUGCAGGAGAACAACGUCGGUGUAAACUCUUUGAGUACCAGCAAUGCUAUCUACCCUGUCCUGCCCAAGACAGAGCUACCAGGCUCUCAGAUGCCCAAGAACAUCCUGCUGCAGUCUAAUAUGGACUUCUAGCACAUUUCUGAACACACUGGUACUUCAAAAACAAUUCAGCUUCUGCUAUGGUACUACUCCUAGACUAGCCAGGGAAAAGACUAGGCAUGACUAAUUGUGCUUUUUAAUCCCAUGGUUUCACACUUUACAAAAAGCAGCCUCAGGGGCCCCAAUCCAGAUCAGAACGGUGGAAUGAGGAAAAGUUUAAGAUGUUGUUGUUGUUGUUGUUGUUAUUAAAUUUUAUUUAUACCCUGCCUUUCAGCCAAAGGCCCUCAAGGUGGCUUACAAAGACAAAUAAAUACAAUAUAAAAAUACAAUAAGAGCAAUAUAAUUUACAAAAAUUAAAUAACAAAUAACAUUAUAAUAACAAAUAAAAUUAAAUAACAACCAACCUUAUCGUUAUCGGCACCGCCAAGAAAGAGAAGGUGGUGUUAGCGGGGGCGGCAGCUCCCGAGAGGCAGGAGGGCGACACAGUUCCUUCACACAAUUUUCUUGCUGAAAAUAGUCCCUCGUCUCAUUUUUCACCCUAAGUAUUUAUUUAUUAUUUAUGUAUUUUUUUAAAAAAUGAGGCAAAUACAAGCUAAGAGGGAGAGGAUGAUUUUCGGUGGCUAAAUGGUGUAGGAGGCAGAAUACGUGGGGUUGCCCUUGAAAACAGUCCGGAAAUUACAGCUGGUACAAAAUACGGUGGCUCGUCUACUUACGAACACCCGCCGUUAUGAUCAUAUUACCCCAGUGCUGUACAAUCUACACUGGCUUCCAGUUAUUUUCCGGGCUCAAUUCAAGGUGUUGGUAUUAACCUAUAAAUCUCUGUACGGUUUCGGCCCAGUAUACCUGAUGGAGCGCCUCCAACGUCAUAAAUUGUGCUGCCCUACAAGAUCUGCCACUCAGGGCCUCCUCUCAGUCCCGUCAACUAAAGUGAUUGGGUUGGUGAGGACUCGGGAGAGGGCCUUCUCUGUGGCGGCCCCCACGAUUUGGAACUCCCUCCCAAUAGAUCUUCGACAUGUCCCUUCCUUAUAUAUAUUUCGCCGAGGCCUGAAGACUUGGCUUUUCCAUCAGGCCUUUAUGAACUUGAGACUUCUAAGGUGAACUAGCUUCAGAAUUGUAUUACUGACAACUCUACUAAAUAUUGUAAUUUUGCAUUGUGCUGUACUGGUUAUAUUGUUUUUAUUGUAUCAUAUUUUACCAUGUAUUUUAUCGUGCUUUAUUGUACGCCGCCUAGAGUGGCCAUUGGCCAGAUAGGCGGCCUAUAAAUUAAAGUUUAUUAUUAUUUAUUAAUAACCCUCCCUUCUUCACACAGUGCAAGCCAGAUCUGGAUAGGGGACCUUGUGGUCAGUCCCAAGCAUGAGAUUCAAAAAUGCAAUUAAAGUCGCAUCUAAUUUGCCCCCAGAAGAGAUAAAAGACAAGUGCAACCGCCAGGCUUUAUCUGUUAGGCUACAUGUGAUCAGCUGUAAUGGAAAAUGACAGAUAUAGCCUCUGGGUAUUGGGGAUGGGAUUUCAGAUCUGAAUCCAAAUUUUGCAACUGGCUUCUGUAUGUUUCAAAUUGACCCAAAUCCUGACCAGAUCUAAAGCUCCUGAGGAAGUCUGGAAGUUGUUGCCAUUUGCAAAAAAUUAUUUUUCUACACGGAUUUCACUUCAGUGCAGGAAAAUCAUGCCCACACUAUAGAUUGUAAUAAAUAUAACUGAGUGGUAUUUUUUCUGGAUGCUGUAAAAAUAAAAUAUUUGUAACAUCUAUUUGAAAGACUAAUCAAAUCAGACAUUUAUGCGAGGCAAGGUAGAAUGUACACAUGGCAAGAUUGGUAUCUGUGUAUUUAUCAUAUAUUGACCACUUCCACAUGACCAGUUUACUGAACAUUCAUCCUGAUUUGUUUGUACAAAGCUUGUGGGGAGAUUAGAUGGUGUUGGCUGUUAUGGAGCAUUUAUCCUAAUUUAUUUUCAAGGAAGUUAUACCAGGUUUUUAUCCCACACUUUCCAGGAAUUUCCCCAUCAUUUUUCUUAUUGCAAAAAGUCCAGUUUUGGGGGGAGGCAGGUUUGUUGCACAAUAGCACCAAAUCAAAUCAACUUUAAUUGCACAAUCUGUAUUUUCUGGUACGUGACUGAAUCAUACAUGGAAGCAGUGAUAAUCUGGAAGCGCCCAGGGUUUGCUACAUGUUCAUGGGGUACAAAUCUGCUGCUUCAGAUGGAAGCUGUAAAUGCUUUUAUGUCUAUUAAACAUGUUCUGCUUGGCUAUUCCUUUAAAUAGAUGUUGAAGAUAUUUUAACUUACAAUUCCAAAUGUUGUUUUGUGUCUCUCUCCCAGCAGAGCCCAAAGCCAUAUGCAAGGCUAUGCCACUGCACCCCAGAGCUGGACUUAUUGCUAUCACUUCCCAUGUCAUUUCCCUGUGUCCCACCAACCCCUCUCUAACCCCUACGUGACCCCCAAUGCAAAGCCCAUUUGCCUUGUUCUUGUCUUGGGGGUGUUUUGCUUGUGAAUGCCGCCAUCAGCUUUGUGUACAUCUGCUGUCUGCUCAGACCCACACAACUCCACUCAGUCAUGUUUUGGACAUAGCCUCUGUCAUGCAUACAAACCAAUACAUGCAUCUCUAUGAUGCUUAUGAUGCUUGAUGAAUAGAUUAGAUAUCAUCUGUCACGUCUUCCCAUCCCUGCAAUGGUUGCUCUUGUGUGAUGCAUAAUGAUUGUCACUCCAGGCUAGGGUAGCAAUAAUGCUACAAACCAUUUCCUAUAUAGCUAUUGCUAUGCAGUGCAGUCACCUACUGUAUUUUCCACUGUGACCUCUUGUAUCCCUGUAAUCAUAUUAUGCUUCUAGUUAUAAGGCAUAAUGUAACUUGAAAAGAAUAAAGUAUUUUUCAGGGAACAAUAUGUGCACACCUUCCUUCUUCCCCCCCCCCCCGGAAUGUU